GUAUCGAGUAUUUACUUGUUUCAUUCCUAGUUACAAUAUAACAAUUAAACGCGUUCAUUGCAUUAAAAGUGUGCAUUGCUAUGGAUAACAAAUUUAAAAGCAGCUCGCGCGUUAGAAACAAUGCAAAGCCAUCCAGUAGUAGUCGUAGUGCGGAGUUACUGGGUAGUCAGACCUCAAUUUGCUUUCCCACACAAUUAAAAAACAAGAAUGUAUCGAAUAAAAGAAUGACAUCUAGUGAAUACCAUAUAAAUGAAUGCACACCUAACACAAACCUUCAUAUCGCGAUGAGGAAACUAAAUAAAAAGGAUCCAAUUACCAAAAAAAAGGCAUUGGAAGAAUUGAUAGACGAUAUAAAUUACGCUAGUCUUGAAGAGGUGGGACAAAUCUUAUCAUUGUGGUCUAAAAUCUACCUCGAUCUUGCCCACAAUCCGGCUCAUAACGUACGGGAGCUAACACAGGAGGUACAGAAAGUGUUAGCAUUGAAAUGUAAACGUAUGAUGGCGCCUUACUUGAAACAGUUGGUACCAGUUUGGCUAUUUUCUCAGUUUGAUAAUUAUGCUCCUGCUGCCAAAAUUGCCCGUUCAAGUUUUUAUGACAUUUUUAAUGCUAAAUCCAAUCGUAUUCAAGAAGUUUGCUUGCACUGCCAGCUUGAGAUUCUGGAUCAUAUACAGGACAUUCUUUCGUGGCCGCCAAAAAAAUUUGAUAAGCAAAGCACAGAAGAUAGCAGUCUUUAUCACAACUUGAUUUAUGGGAGUCUUGAGAUGCUUGCCUUUUUCACUAAACAUACUAAGAUCACGGAGCUUUCUUCUAAAUCCCAUAUAAUAUUGCGUAUAAUACUCGAGCAUGAAAACUUUUGGAACUAUGGAAAACGUGGCUCUAACAUGUUAAGGUUACACGUGGACGAAGAGGAAAUAAUCAAUGAAAUGAAAGACCAACACGUCACAGGCGUCUACAAAUUUUCUAAGAUAAUAAAAGGCGAACGAACAAUUACUGGCCAAAUGGUCCUUACUUUCGAUCUAUACCGUCUCCCUGAGACAGUCGACGUUGCUUGGUAUAAGGUUAAGGUGCAACCCUACAUCCCCAGCCCAAUGAGAUUAUCGAAAGAUACCGCCACAACAUCACCACAAAACCAAAAUUCCAAUAAUCUAGAGUCAUCCAUCAUAACAGAAGCAACCACAUUAGUAGUACCUCAAAACCAACAAAAAGAACAACCACCUAAAGAACAACCACUUAAACAACAACAACCAACAACCUCAAACAACGCCAACUUUAGCCUGGCAUCAAAAAAUCCAAAUCCAGUUGCGCUACCUAGCUCAACUAGUCAAACCAACCAAACAACAAUGUCACCAAUAUCUCUUUUUACCCAAACCCUCCUAAAAAACAAUGAUUAUUUUAUAAAAAGCGUCGAAAAUCUCGACAAUCCUACAAAUCUCUCUGCAGACGACCUUCAGCAUUAA